ACAUCAGCCAAGCCUAUCGGCAGAUGAGAUAUUCAGACAAAAACCAUGAGAGAGCCUCAGCUCAGAGCCACAGAGGAGGAAGCAGUGAACAGGAUCAGUGUGCUGCUGCUGCUAGAACCAACAGAACUCCACUAAACAGGUCAGUCCAGCCUUAAGCAGUCAUGUCGGCCAAAGCCAUCUCCGAGCAGACGGGGAAGGAGUUCCUCUACAAGCACAUCUGCACGUCGGCGGCGGUCCAGAACCGGUUCCGUUACGCCAACGUGACGCCCGAGACCGAUUUCACCCGACUGGCUCAGGAGCAUCCAUGGCUGCUGACGGAGAGGCUGGUGGUAAAACCGGACCAGCUGAUAAAGAGACGAGGGAAGCUGGGUCUGGUCGGCGUCAACCUGGACCUGAACGGCGUCCGGGAGUGGCUGAAACCUCGACUCAUGAAGGAGACGACGGUAGGAAAAGCCAAAGGGAUUCUCAAGAACUUCCUCAUUGAGCCAUUCGUGCCUCAUAAACAGGAAGAAGAGUUCUACGUUUGCGUCUACGCCACUCGGGAAGGCGACCACGUCCUGUUUCACCAUGAAGGUGGGGUGGAUGUUGGAGACGUGGACGCUAAGGCUCAGAAGCUGCUGAUCGGAGUGGACGAGAAGAUCAGCGAAGACCUGGUGAAGAAGAACCUGCUGACCAACGUCUCCAAUGACAAGAAGGCGAUUCUGUCCAGCUUCAUUGUCGGACUCUUCAACCUGUAUGAAGACCUUUUCUUCACCUACCUAGAGAUCAAUCCUCUGGUGGUCACAAAAGAUGGCGUUUACGUUCUGGACAUGGCCGCGAAGAUCGACGCGACCGCCGACUACAUCUGCAAGGCCAAGUGGGGUGACGUGGAGUUUCCGCCGCCCUUCGGAAGGGAGGCUUAUCCUGAGGAGGCUUACAUCGCUGACCUUGAUGCCAAGAGCGGAGCGAGUCUCAAACUGACGCUGCUCAACCCUCGAGGCCGAAUCUGGACCAUGGUGGCCGGAGGAGGAGCCUCGGUGGUUUACAGCGACACAAUCUGUGACCUCGGUGGAGUCGACGAACUCGCCAAUUAUGGAGAAUAUUCAGGAGCUCCAAGCGAACAGCAAACGUACGACUACGCCAAGACCAUCCUGUCUCUGAUGACCAGAGAGAAGCACCGUGAUGGGAAGGUUCUGAUCAUCGGAGGAAGCAUUGCAAACUUCACAAAUGUAGCAGCGACGUUUAAGGGGAUUGUUCGAGCUAUCAGAGACUAUCAGGUGCCACUAAAGGAGCAUGAAGUCACCAUUUUUGUCCGCCGUGGAGGCCCAAACUACCAGGAGGGUCUCAGAGUGAUGGGAGAAGUUGGAAAGACCACCGGGAUCCCGAUUCACGUCUUCGGCACAGAAACCCACAUGACGGCCAUCGUCGGCAUGGCGCUGGGCCACAGGCCGAUCCCCAACCAGCCUCCCGUCGCUGCCCACACCGCCAACUUCCUGCUCAACUCCAGCGGCAGUACAUCGACUCCGUCGUCCAGCAGAACAGCUUCUUUUUCUGAGAACAAAGCCAGAGUUGAAGGCUCGCCGGCCAAGAAGGCGAAAACUGGAGCUCCUGCUGCCAAAGCAACAACCCUGUUCAGCAAACACACCAAGUCUCUGGUUUGGGGGAUGCAGACUCGAGCAGUUCAGGGAAUGUUGGACUUCGACUACGUUUGUUCCAGAGAGGAACCAUCAGUUGCUGCCAUGGUUUACCCUUUCACAGGCGACCACAAACAGAAGUUCUACUGGGGCCAUAAAGAAAUCCUGAUUCCUGUGUAUAAGAACAUGGGUGACGCCAUGAAGAAGCAUCCAGAUGUGGACGUGCUCAUCAACUUCGCCUCUUUGCGUUCGGCCUUUGACAGCACCAUGGAAACCAUGCAGUACCCACAGAUUCACACCAUUGCCAUCAUUGCUGAGGGAAUCCCAGAAGCCCACACCAGGCGGAUCAUCAAGACGGCUGAUGAGAAAGGAGUCACAAUCAUCGGACCGGCAACUGUUGGAGGAAUCAAGCCGGGCUGCUUCAAGAUCGGGAACACAGGAGGAAUGCUGGAUAACAUCCUGGCCUCUAAACUCUACCGUCCGGGUAGCGUGGCCUACGUGUCCCGAUCAGGAGGGAUGUCCAAUGAACUCAACAACAUCAUCUCCCGCACCACUGACGGUGUUUUUGAAGGUGUAGCCAUUGGCGGAGACAGAUAUCCAGGUUCAGUGUUUACUGACCACGUGCUGCGAUACCAAGACACUCCUGGAGUAAAGAUGAUUGUAGUACUGGGAGAGAUCGGCGGCACUGAGGAAUACAAGAUCUGCCAGGCAAUUAAGCAAGGCAGGAUCACGAAGCCAGUGGUCUGCUGGUGUAUCGGCACUUGUGCAACUAUGUUCUCCUCAGAGGUUCAGUUUGGGCAUGCAGGAGCUUGUGCCAACCAGGCUUCAGAGACGGCUGUAGCUAAGAACAAGGCUUUGAAGGAAGCUGGAGUGUUUGUCCCUAAGAGCUUUGAUGAGCUGGGAGAGAUCAUCAAAUUAGUGUAUGAUGACCUUGUCGCUAAAGGGGUUAUUCAGCCAGCUGAAGAGGUUCCUCCGCCCACUGUACCGAUGGAUUACUCCUGGGCACGAGAGCUGGGUCUGAUCCGUAAGCCAGCUUCUUUCAUGACCAGCAUCUGUGAUGAGAGAGGGCAGGAGCUAAUCUAUGCUGGCAUGCCCAUCACUGAGGUCUUCAAGUCUGAGAUUGGCCUCGGAGGAACUCUUGGGCUGCUGUGGUUCCAGAGGAGGCUAAGUGAAAGGGAACGGGGGAGAAAAGUGGGCGAAGACAUGCAGCAAAGAGCCAUGAGCUGGAGUCGAACCUUGGCCGCUGCGUCGGAGAGCAGCUCCUAUAUGUUGCCCAGAUAUGCCUGCCAGUUCAUUGAGAUGUGUCUGAUGGUGACAGCAGAUCACGGUCCGGCUGUUUCUGGAGCUCACAACACUAUCGUCUGUGCCCGAGCUGGAAAAGACCUCAUCUCCAGCCUCACCUCUGGUCUCCUCACCAUUGGUGACCGAUUUGGAGGCGCUCUGGAUGCUGCAGCAAAGCAGUUCAGCAAGGCGUUCGAUAGCGGCAUACUGCCAAUGGAGUUCGUCAACAAGAUGAAGAAGGAUGGCAAGCUGAUCAUGGGCAUCGGACACAGAGUGAAGUCGAUCAACAAUCCAGACAUGAGAGUCCAGAUCCUGAAGGACUUUGUGAAGCAGCACUUUCCCUCCACCCAGCUGCUGGACUAUGCUCUGGAUGUCGAGAAGAUCACCACCUCCAAAAAACCCAACUUGAUCCUGAACGUGGACGGAUUCAUCGGUGUGGCCUUCGUGGACCUGCUCAGGACUUGUGGAGGAUUCACACGGGAUGAAGCUGAUGAGUUUGUGGAAAUUGGAGCUCUGAAUGGCAUCUUUGUGUUGGGACGCAGCAUGGGAUUCAUCGGACACUACUUGGACCAGAAGAGGCUGAGGCAGGGCCUGUACCGCCACCCCUGGGACGACAUCUCCUACGUACUGCCUGAACACAUGUCUAUGUAACCAGAGGGACCUAAACCAAGUAGUGCCAGCUCUGUUUCCUCACCCCCACACUGUGAUCUGUCACCUCAAAACUGUGUCAUAAUAUAGGGAAGUUGUUAAAGUUACUAUAGCUGUAAAUACUGGAAAGUUUGGGAAAGCUGUCUGUGCUGCAGUUCUGUGAAUUAUAGUCAAACCUGCUCAACUGUGAAGCUAAAGGGAAGGAGGUUAAAAGAGCAUCACCACCACUCCUGAUCAGUGCAGUUAUUUACCCCCAGUAGUGCGCUAUUCUAUUAACCAAGCAUGUGUGUCUGUAUUACAGACUGUUGCGUAUCUGUGCAGCCUUCGUCAUUGUGCCAUCUGGAAAUCUUGCUACACGAGUGCAAUAAUGUCGAUAAUAUGAGAAAAUACUGUAGAGCAGAGCUUUAUUUCUGUAGAGAACAUUAAAUGGUACGAGAGUGUUAUAGCUUUGCUUUCCUGCGAUGUUUUGUGACACAGUGGUGAAAAUCUGUAGUGUACUUACUCUGCAAAUGGGACCAUUUUAUGAGUUGAUCCUGGCAGGUUUGAUGUGACGUCCUCUCAGCAGUAUUUUCUGAAAGAGAGUAAAUAAAAGUCAAGUGUUGUCCAUCUUAUGAGUAAAUUAUGUCAUUUCAGUUGCUGUUCUUCUCCUUGUUAUUUAAAGAAAUGAGCCACCAGAUUUAUAUUCAAUUAAAAUGUGCCAAAUUAUUAAAUUAACGAGUUGGAAUUGGAUUUUCAAGGUAAUUUCAUUUCAUUCAGAACACACAGUAUACAAAUCCCAACCCAGUGGGGAGAAUCUUCAUGUGGAUGUAAUCAUUUAAACUCUUACUUUCUUGGUGAUUUAAAACAAAAUACUGUAUGUGGAUAUUACAAAAAUGUGUAAGAAACUUCACCAGUGCUGCCAACGUCUCUGUGUUGUUAUUUUUAACUGUUUCACUGUGAACCCAUUUGUUCUGUGUUGCCAACUGAGUAAAAUAAAGUGAAUGUAGUGGAGUAAA